UCACCUGCUUCUUUACACUAGAUUGAUGUUGGGAUGUCUGGACGUGGAAAGAAAAACGUGAAACCUACAACUGCCUCGAAGACAACCAAGUCAGCGAAGGCUGGCCUGCAAUUCCCAGUGGGUCGUGUCCACCGGCUUCUCAAAAGAGGGAACUAUGCUGAGAGAAUAGGUGCUGGCGCUCCUGUUUACCUGGCGGCCGUGCUGGAAUAUCUGACUGCUGAGAUAUUGGAACUGUCAGGAAAUGCUGCCCGUGAAAACAAGAAAAGCAGGAUUGGGCCACGACACAUCCAGCUGGCCGUGAGGAAUGACGAAGAGCUGAACAAGCUGUUUGCUGGGGUGACCAUUGCUGAAGGAGGAGUUAUGCCCAACAUCCUCUCUGCUCUUGUUCCCAAGACCACAAAGGUGCCUAAGCAAGGACUAAAAGAUGGCCAGUCACAAGAAUUCUAGUAACAGCUCACCUGCUGAAAGUGUGCUGUUUCUAAGGCUGGAUUUCUCCACAACACUAGCACUUCAUGCACAUAGGACUCUUGGUUGUAAUCCAUAUAUUUAUAUGUAGACUGUAUGUAAAUAUGGAACCUCCUGAGGACUCCCUCCUGUGGUGUGUGGUUUUGUUUGUUUUUUAAACGUCUUUGAAAUAAAUAUUUAGUGCAUAGAGAAGCCCCCGAAACUUGUUUUCUGAAGUUGGCAGAUAGAGAAACUAUGACCUGACUCUUGAGAAGGAAGUUGCUGUCCCACCACUUCUUAAUUUAAGGAAACUUGGGGCCAAGAUUUUAAAAACUAAUAUUUGCGUGUGCAUGAAGUGAGACUAAUUUGAGUGGGCCUGAUUUUCAGAGUGGGGGUGCUGAGCACUUUCUGGUAAGUGGGGUCUACUUAUAGUAUCUGAUUGGGCACUCAAAAGUACUAGGCAGUUUAGGGAAACCUUAACUCAGGUUUCCUAUAGUGAUAAAGUAAGUGUGGAUUUCUCUCCUGUGCUGUAAGGGGUGGACUACCCUGGUUAAUUUUAAUGAUGGUCACCCAUGCAUUAUUUGUUCCUUGAGGUAGCUUCAGAAAGGCACUUAUAGGCCUAAACUCAGACUUAGGCAUGUAUGAGUAGUUCUAGGCUCCAUAGCAAUCCACAAAAUUCCUGCUGAACCCUGUAGGUGCCUAAACUUACUCAAUACUUAGGUUUAUGCCCCUGGGCAUAUGUGCUGCUCCCUCACUCUAGGCAGUCCAUAAAGGGGGAAGAUAGGUGUUGGGCUGUCUAAUGUGCCCAAGGGGUCCAAUCUGGUAGGAGGCCAGAGGAGGUGCAGCUGCUCCCAACUUUGUAACUCUUUAGUGCAGUGAUUAAAGCACUCAUGCAAUAGGGGAGACAGGAUUUAACAGGGGUGCCCUACUUCUCAGCUGUCUGUUCUAACCAGUGAGCUAUGGGCCACUUGGAUGUGGGGUGCCAUCAAGCUCUCGGAUUGAGCUUGUUCCUCUAUGGAUAAAUACGGUACUUAGUCACUGGGGCAGAGGGCCUGGACCCCAGUGCCACAGUUCAGGGCAACUGUAGCAUAUUAUCCCUCUGUGGUCCCUUGGCACCUAUUCUAGGCUUCUCCUCCAUCACCUCUCUUGUGCAUAAAUGCACAUCUCUCUUCCCCCCUCACUGUGUGUUUUCCAGGUUGCACAGUUCCUUGCCUACACUGUCAUAUCCUCAGCAAGCCAUACCAUCUAAAAGACCACCGUAGAUGGUUUGCUUUUUUCCCAGAGGUUAUGAAUAGUGUGU